AUGGUCAAGAAUCCGGGUCCAGUAUACGUUCUCGGGGUGGGAAUGACCAAGUUCAUCAAGCCCAGGGGCAAGGUUGACUUUGGCUUUGAAGCCGGUAUCAAGGCAAUGCUUGAUGCUCAAAUCUCGUAUGAUGAGGUCGACCAGGGCAUUGGCUGCUACGUAUACGGCGACUCUACCUGUGGUCAGCGAGUCUUUUAUCAAUUCGGGAUGACUCAAAUACCUAUCUACAAUGUCAAUAGCAACUGUUCCACGGGGAGUAGUGGUUUGAACAUGGCUAGACAAAGCAUCGCUUACGGUGCAGCUGAUUGUAUUCUUGUCGUUGGCUUCGAGAAAAUGGCCCCCGGCAGUCUGAAGGGCCAUUUCGAAGACCAUGCGAGUCCUAUGGAGACUACCCUUCACGUCGUGCAAGAGACAAAAGGUAUUACAAAUUCUCCUUUCGCCGCACAAAUGUUCGGCAAUGCGGCCCAAGAAUAUAUCGAGAAAUACGGCGCGGACGCGAAAGAUUUCGCAGAAAUCAGUCGUGUCAACCAUGAACACAGUACACGAAAUCCUUACGCACAAUUCCAGCAAGAGUACACGCUAGAUGAGGUCCUUAAGUCACCUAUGAUCCACCCACCCAUGACAAAGCUUCAGUGCUGCCCGACUUCUGAUGGUGGGGCAGCUGUCGUUCUCGUUUCCGAAGCUUUCUUGAAUAAGAGACCCGGACUCAAGGCUCAAGCAGUUCAAAUCAUUGGCCAGCAGCUGGGUACAGACUCUCCCGAGCUAUUUAGCAAAUCUGCGAUUGAUCUUUGUGGAUACCAUAUGACAGAAUAUGCUGCGAAGGAGGCUUUCGGGCAAGCUAAGAUUACGCCAGACGAUGUGAGCGUGGUUGAACUGCACGACUGCUUUAGUGCCAACGAGAUGAUUUUGCUCAACUCGCUCGGGUUGGCACCCAAGGGAAAAGCGCACGAGCUUGUCCGUGCGGGUGGAAUUACGUACGGCGGUAAAUACGUGGUUAAUCCAUCAGGAGGCUUGAUCUCGAAGGGCCAUCCUCUCGGCGCGACUGGACUUGCCCAAUGCGCGGAGCUGGUCUGGCAACUACGAGGCUGGGCUAACAACCGCCUUGUCAAGGACAAGGAGACCAGAUACGCCCUCCAGCAGAACCUCGGACUAGGAGGUGCAUCCAUCGUCACAAUCUACAAGCGUGCGGAUAACAAAGCAGCUCGACCUGUCUCAGACUCAGAAGUGGCCAGGAUCACGGGGCUUGGAUAUAACCCGGCCACACAGGCCAAAGGGUUCACGAAAGAACAGGUCGAACGCACAGUUUCGCAGAAGAAGUUCUCUAAAUACGCCCUGAUGGAUAUUGGAGAGAAGGUUCUAGCGAGGUUCUAG